GUUAGGAGAGUGAAAAUGGCAACCCUUAGAGUUCCAGCUGAUGUGCCUGCUCCUUCUGAGGACGCAGAGCAGCUUCGUAAAGCUUUUGCAGGGUGGGGUACGAAUGAGCAAUUGAUUAUAGACAUAUUGGCUCACAGGAACGCUGCACAGCGCGAUUCGAUUAGAAGAACUUACCAUGAAGCCUAUGGGAAAGAUCUCCUCAAGUCUUUGGAUGAGGAACUUUCAAGUGACUUCGAGCGAGCCGUGGUGCUGUUUACGCUCGACCCUGCGGAGCGCGAUGCAUAUCUGGCUAAUGAAUCCACCAAGAGAUUCACAUCAAGCAAUUGGAUCAUCAUGGAAAUAGCCUGCACCAGGUCUUCACAUGAACUCUUCAGUGUGCGGAAGGCGUACCACGCUCGCUAUAAGAAAUCGCUCGAAGAAGAUGUCGCACACCAUACCAAGGGCGACUACCGCAAGCUUUUGGUCCCGCUCGUUAGCGCGUUCCGAUACGAGGGAGAGGAGGUGAACAUGAGGUUGGCGAAGUCGGAGGCGAAGAUACUUCGCGAUAAGAUCUCGGACAAGCAUUACAGUGAUGAGGAGGUCAUUAGGAUUGUAACAACGAGGAGUAAGGCGCAGCUAAAUGCGACCCUGAAUCACUACAAUACUGCCUUUGGGAAUCCUAUCAACAAGGACCUGAUGGCAGACUCCGACGACGAAUUCCUCGAAUUGCUGAGAGCUGCGAUUAAAUGCUUGACCGUCCCCGAGAAAUAUUUCGAGAAGGUUCUACGGAAAGCCAUCAAUAAGCUCGGAACAGAUGAAUGGGCACUUACAAGAGUUGUCACGACUAGGGCCGAGGUUGACAUGGUACGUAUUAAGGAGGAAUAUCAGCGAAGGAACAGCGUCACUCUCGAAAAAGCGAUUGCCGGAGACACUUCCGGAGACUAUGAGAAAAUGCUUCUUGCCUUAAUCGGAGCCGGAGACGUCUGAGCCGAUAUGCUCUUCUAUUUUCAGUUGCCGGUAUGAAUAUUUAGUUAAUAUUGCAUUUUCAGGUGAGUUAUGUUUGGCUUGAGUUGGGUGCGUUUAUCUUUGAGUUGCA